AUGCUCGGCCAUUCCAGAGAAGGUCUCGUGCUUGAAUGCAUGAAAAAUUGUGAUCUCAAGUCAUAUAUUCGGGCUCACGAGUCAGUGCCGAUGGGCCUCAAUUUGAAAUGGGCAUAUCAAGUCGCAGAAGCUGUCGAGCUCUUGCAUCGCAACGGGAUCAUCCACUGUGACAUCAAGCCACGAAAUCUUUUGUCAGAUUCGACACUCGACAUCAGAAUUUUAGACUUCUCUGGCUCUUCAAUAGAUCGCUCAAAGCCAUCGUCUGGUGAAAGGACCCGGUUUUACCUUCCUCGGGAUUGGAGAGAGCAGCCGACAGUGAGCACGGAUCUUUUUGCGCUUGGAUCCACUCUCUAUGAGAUUUUCAAAGGCACCAGCCCGUAUGAGGAGAUUCCGAGUGAUCAAGUUGAGAAACCUUUUGCGCGGAAAGAAUUCCCUGACACUUCUGGUACACUUUGUGGACAAAUUAUCACACAAUGCUGGCUAUCUCAAGUUGAUACAGCGGCCGAAGUGCAAAAUGCCAUCUGGGAUAUUAUAUCUCAUACGGUCGACGCCGAAUAUAUUUUCUCAUGUCGAUGGCUCGGGCACUGCUCAGAAUAUGUUGAUUGA